UGCCAAAACACACCAACCCUUUGUCCAAGCAAGAGGCCAACAAACUGAGAGAAGAUCUGUUGCAAAAGGGUUAAACCUGCCGCAGGACACCUCAGUAUCUCGCUGGUAAUGAGCGAAAACUCGGUAACACUAUUUCUCUCUUUCUGAUCCUUGUGUGGAUCCCUUGCGUGGCUCUUUAAUCCCACAGGUGAAUCCUAUCAGAGUUCAACGGAUCAGUUGCGGUAGUUUUUGUUCGUCCGCGUGGCAGCAACAAUGUCGGCGAUACCGUCCGUGAGCUUUCCUCAAUCCAACCCGAAACUCUACUCACCGCCAGCGAUGGCCAAAACCGACGCCAAGUUUCGUCCAAUUUUUGUCAUUUUUAUGUUCAGCGUGCAGCUUCUGCUCGCCAUCGCGAUCGUGUUAAUCGGGCUUGUGGCGCUGAUAAGUGGCUGGACAUUACCGGGAGAUCACGCUUCGGCAUUAUACUUUAUCAUCAUUUACCUGCGCGUUGGUUAUUGGUCGGUGACAUACGUGAUCCACGAGCGUUGUAAGCACGAGUUUGCUCGCCUACUCGAGCCAGACUUUGAUCGCUAUCGGUCACUGUCCGUUUAUCGGAAGGCUCCACUACAGAUCGUUACCCUUUGGAACGUGAUUUUGUUGACGGUGCAGAAUCAGGUGCGCUUCCUGUUUCCAUACGAGUCCACUGGUCCCGGAGGAAACACACCCGGCAAUCCAUCCAACGGUAACAAAGCAGAAGGUGCACUGAACCCAGCCAUCACACCGCAGCUGUUCGUGAUGGUUGUGUGGGGUUUGGAGCUGCUAUUGCAACUGUUCUUUAACGUGCCCUUCAUAAGAGCGCUGAACGAGAUCCGGAACGCCGACGGCUUGGACAAGGAAACGGACCUGCGCUAUCGUCGCAUGACGGAUACGGAAAUCGAGGAGCAACCAUUCGAGUGGCAGCUUGAACGGCAAGCUGAACUUAUUAAGCAUUUACGCAUGGAGCACGACCAGCUACAGCGGAAAGCUAAGGCAUACGGUGUCGAUAGCCGUUGCUGAAGAUUCAUGACGAAGUUGGCAUGAUUCAUACUGGUACUGGAUACUAGGUUGUGGGUUUCUUUGUGUCUCUAAAAUGGUGAAGUAGUAUUGGUAUUUGUUGUUUAAAAUGUUCUUGUUAGUAUGAAAUUACUAAAAGCUGUUUUCCCCAGGCGGAAAAAAUAAAUGGUUAUUGUAUACAUUAUUCAUGAACAUUAUGCUCAUUUCUUAUGUUUUAUUCUAGAUUCUCCCAAUAAUCCAUUGCUCACAUCACAC